AUGUCUUUUCCAGUCAAACAAUACAUCAAACUCAACAAUGGCAUCAGUAUUCCACUGAUUGCAAUGGGGGUUUAUCUAACCCCUAAAAACUUGGCGCUGGAGUUGGUGUACAAUGCUUUAAACGUUGGUUACAGGCAUUUGGACUGCGCCGAAAUGUAUGGAAAUGAAAAGGAAGUAGCAGAUGGCAUUACCAGUUGGCUUCAGGACCACAAAGAAUUCAAAAGAGAAGAAAUCUUCUACACGACGAAAAUAUUUGACGACCAUCAGGGAUACCAAAAUGCAAAAGCUGCAAUUGAUGAUUGCUUAGCCAGAGUCAAGAGCUUAGGUUACAUAGACUUGAUGUUGAUCCAUUCUCCACAAACCAAUAAGGAAGACAGAUUGGGCACGUGGAAGGCAAUGGAGGAAGCUGUGCAAGCAGGGAAAAUUAAGUCGAUUGGUGUGUCGAAUUAUGGUGUCCAUCAUUUGCAGGAGCUUUUACUUUGGAAAGAGUUGAAAAUUAAACCCGUGGUUAACCAAGUGGAAUUGCAUCCAUGGAUGAUGAGAACAGAAAUCGUUAACUUUUGUAGAGUUAACAGAAUCGAGUUGGAGGCUUACUGUCCUCUCGCACGUGGCAGGAUGAUGGAUGACCCAUUUUUAAAACAAAUGGCCAAGAAAUACAACAAGACACCUGCCCAGAUAUUAAUUCGGUGGUCUUUACAGGAAGGGUUUAUUCCACUUCCCAAGACGGCCAACAAGAAUCGUGCAGUCGAGAAUAUUCUGGUUUUUGAUUUUAAGAUUCUGCCUGAUGAUGUGGAAGCUCUUUCCCACCCCGAAGCUUAUGAGAGAGUAGGCGGAUGGGACCCUGUUCAUUAUCGGGGUUGA